CUGCUCUGGAGACGGGCAGGGACAAUCCAAGCGCGGAGGGGUGCUGGACCCGCACGGCCUCACGUUGUUCCUGUGCUUCCCGCCUUGCUCCAUUGCUUCGCCCCUGGCCUUUGACCAGUGGACUGGUCCUAAGAGGCGGAGGGGAGAAGACGCGCUCACUCUCUACAGUCGUCCAGAGGGCCGGCGGCUUCUCGCCACAGAGCGGGUAGGGCCUAGAGAUGCUAUUGGGCUGUCAUUUUAUCGAAUGUGAGAAGUCAGCCCAGAGAUGGAAAACUUCAUUCUGUACGAGGAGAUUGGCAAAGGAAGCAAGACUGUUGUCUAUAAAGGGCGACGGAAGGGAACAAUCAAUUUUGUAGCUAUUCUUUGUACUGAUAAGUGCAAAAGGCCUGAAAUAACCAACUGGGUCCGUCUCACCCAUGAAAUUAAACACAAGAAUAUCGUAACUUUUCACGAAUGGUACGAAACCAGCAAUCAUCUCUGGCUAGUCGUGGAGCUCUGCACAGGUGGUUCCUUAGAAAUGGUUAUUGCUCAAGAUGAAAACCUUCCAGAAGAUGUUGUGAGAGAAUUUGGGAUUGACCUAAUUACUGGAUUACAUCAUCUCCAUCAACUUGGCAUUCUCUUUUGUGACAUUUCUCCUGGGAAGAUCCUUUUGGAAGGGCCCGGCACAUUGAAGUUCAGUAAUUUUUGCUUGGCCAAAGUGGAAGGUGAAAAUUUGGAAGAGUUCUUUGCCUUGGUGGCAGCAGAAGAAGGAGGAGGUGAUAGUGGGGAAAAUGUACUGAAGAAAAACAUGAAAAGUAGAGUCAAAGGAUCUCUUACUUACACAGCUCCAGAAAUUGUGAAGGGUACCGACUUCUCCAUCACCAGUGACCUCUGGUCUCUGGGCUGUCUGCUCUAUGAAAUGUUCUCAGGAAAGCCUCCAUUUUUCUCAGAAAGUUUAUCAGAAUUAAUUGAAAAGAUUUUUUAUGACGAUCCUUUGCCACCUAUUCCAAAAGAUCCUUCUCUUCCUAAAGCUUCUUCAGAUUUUAUUAAUUUGCUUGAUGGUUUACUUCAAAAAGAUCCUCAGAAAAGAUUCACUUGGGCAGGCCUGCUGCAGCAUUCAUUUUGGAAGGAUGCUUUCACUAGAAAAGAUCUGAAUUCAAGCACCGAGGAUUCCAACAUGAGAAAUGUAGAGUAUUCUGGGUCCCAAGAUUCCAAGGAGCUCCUGAAGAGUCCUCAGAGUGGACAGGCGAGAGGGGAGAAGAGCGGCCAGCGGCUCAGUCACUCCUUCCGACUAGAAAAUCCAUCUGAGUUGCAGCCUAAGAGUACUCUUGGGGGUCAGCUGAGUGAGUCCAUGUUUCUUCUCAGUUCUCGUCCUACUCCGAGAACUAGCACUGCAGUGGUGUUAAGUCCCGGUGAGAAUAUGACUCAGAAUUCUCCACAGAAGGCUUCUCCUUUGACCAAGGUUACCAGUGGGCAGCUGAGUCAACAGGACCUGGAGUCCCAGAUGAGAGAGCUCAUUUACACAGACUCAGAUCUUGUCGUCACCCCAAUUCUCGACAAUCCCAAGAUAAUGAAACAGCCACCAAUUAAAUUUGAUCCAAAGAUUCUGCAUCUACCAGCACAUUCAGUGGAUAAAUUAGUAUUUCUAAAAGACCAAGACUGGAAUGACUUUCUGCAACAAGUGUGCUCACAGAUGGACUCCACUGAGAAGAGCACGGGGGCCUCCCGAGCCAAGCUCAAUCUCCUUUGCUAUCUGUGCGUGGUAGCCAGUCACAGGGAGGUGGCCACCAGGCUCCUCCAGUCCCCUCUGUUUCAAUUGCUAAUCCAGCAUUUGCGAAUAGCUCCAAACUGGGAUAUAAGGGCCAAGGUUGCUCGGGUGAUUGGUUUACUGGCCUCGCACACAACGGAGCUCCAAGAAAAUAUACCAGUUAUUGAGGCAAUUACUCUCUUAACUGAAUUAAUUAGGGAGAACUUCAGGAACAGCAAAUUAAAACAGUGCCUUUUACCAACCCUAGGGGAGCUGAUCUACCUUGUAGCCACCCAGGAAGAGAAAAAAAAGAACCCCCGAGAAUGCUGGGCUGUUCCCUUGGCUGCAUACACGGUGCUAAUGAGGUGCCUUCGGGAAGGGGAAGAACGUGUUGUGAAUCACAUGGCAGCAAAGAUUAUUGAAAAUGUCUGCACGACCUUUUCUGCUCAGGCCCAGGGCUUUAUUACAGGAGAAAUUGGGCCUGUUUUAUGGUACCUAUUCAAACAUUCCACCGUUGAUACUCUUAGGAUAACAGCAAUAUCGGCCUUGUGCAGAAUCACUCGCCAUUCCCCUACGGCCUUCCAGAAUGUUAUUGAGAAGGUGGGACUGAACUCGGUAAUAAACUCCCUGGCCUCUGCCAUCUGCAAAGUUCAGCAGUACAUGUUGACCUUAUUCAGUGCUAUGUUGUCCUGUGGGAUUCAUCUUCAGCGACUAAUCCAGGAAAAGGAUUUUGUCUCCACAAUUAUCCGCUUACUUGACAGCCCCUCGACUUCCAUUAGAGCAAAAGCCUUCCUGGUUCUUUUAUAUAUAUUGAUUCACAACCAUGAGAUGCUGCUUUUCAGCUGCCAAGCGAGACUGGUGAUGUACAUCGAGAGAGACAGCAGAAAGACCACUCCAGGCAAAGAGCAGCAAAGCGGCAAUGAGUACCUGUCCAGAUGCCUGGACCUCCUCAUCCGUCAUAUUGUGCAGGAGAUGCCGCGAAUCCUGGGUGACAUUCUUAACGCCUUGGCUAACGUGUCUGGUCGUAAACACCCAUCCACGGUUCAAGCGAAGCAGCUGAAGAUGUGUCUCCCACUGAUGCCUGUAGUGCUUCACCUUGUAACUUCUCAGGUAUUUCGACCUCAAGUUGUAACCGAAGAGUUCCUUUUCAGUUACGGAACAAUUCUUAAUCAUAUUAAAUCAGUAGACUCUGGAGAAACUAACAUAGAGGGGGCCAUAGGACCGACGGCAUCAGAAGAAUUUAUCAAGAUCACAUUGUCAGCUUUUGAAGCAGUGAUACAGUAUCCUAUUUUACUGAAAGACUAUUGCUCUACGGUGGUUGAUUAUAUCCUGCCACCCUUGGUCUCCUUGGUUCAAAGCCAAAACGUGGAGUGGAGACUCUUCAGCUUGCGGUUGCUCUCAGAAACCACGUCCCUGCUCGUGAACCAGGAUUCUAGGGAUGGCAAGAAGGAAGCGAAGGUCAAUUCUGACAGCAGUCUUCUGGCUCUCAUUAGAGAUGAUUUGCUUCCCCAGUAUGAGCACAUCCUCACGGAGCCCGACCCGGUACCCUCAUAUGCCCUGAAGCUGCUGGUUGCCAUGACAGAGCACAACCCGUCUUUCACCAGGCUUGUGGAAGAAAGCAAACUGAUCCCACGCAUUUUUGAAGUAAUUCUGGAACAUCAGGAGAACAUCCUGGGUAACACCAUGCAAAGUGUGAUUGCAUUGCUCAACAAUUUGGUUGCCUGCAGAGAUUCGAACAUGAAGCUACUUUAUGAACAAGGGCUAGUUGGUCAUGUCUGUCACCUGUUCACCGAAACUGCCACACUGUGCUUGGACGUGGACAAUGAAAACAACAACGAGACAGCUGCCGCCCUGCUGUUUUCCCUGCUUGAUAUUUUGCACGGCAUGCUGACCUACACCUCCGGUGUGGUGCGGCUGGCUCUGCAGGCACAGAAGUCCGGCUCAGGAGGGAACAUUCAGGCCGCCGAAGACCUACUGCUGCUCAGCAGGCCCCUGACAGACCUGGUCAGCCUGCUCAUCCCGCUGCUUCCUAACGAGGAUCCUGAAGUUUUUGAAGUUUCAUCUAAGUGUCUGUCAAUACUGGUUCAACUGUAUGGAGGGGAAAACCCAGACACCCUGUCUCCUGAAAAUGCAGAGAACUUUGCUGAUUUACUGACAUCCAAAGAGGACCCGAAGGAGCAGAAACUUCUGUUGAGGAUUCUCAGAAGAGUGAUCACCUCCAACAAGAAGCACCUGGAGAGCCUCAAGAAUGCGGGCAGCCUCCUGCAGGCUCUGGAGAGGCUGGCCCCAGCCGGCGGUUCAUCAGCCAACAGUGCAGUGGCUUCCUUGGCCCUGGAAAUCCUCCAAGCAGCUGGACAGUAGGCAAGAAGGCCCUUGGCACAAGCCCACCCUCGGCUAUACACAUUCACCACAUGGCCACCGGCAGCUCUGUUUGGAUCUAAUAAAGUCAUCUGAACCCAGAACCUCUGGCUAAGGUGCUCUCACUCCCUCCGGGCCCUAGAAAAUCCACUCAGAAUGCACCCUGUCGGUUCCUGUGGGAUGCAUCUGGGAACCCCAGGUUUGCUAGCUGUGCUCAAUGCUUUCUCUGUGUGGGCCUCUGCUAAAGCCUGCACUGCCUGUGCUGAUCAAAGUGGGGGAGAAGCCGCAGUCCUCAGCCUGCCAGCAUCUCUAAGCAUCUUUCUCCUGCAGAGAAGACGUGAUACACAGGACUCCUCCAGCCACAGCUCCCGAGCAAGCCUUUGGAAGCUAGUCUUAGCCUCUUGUCUUCCUCCCACCUUUACCUGCCUGCCUUUUCUUCAUUUCAGGGAAGAACUGAUUCCAAGAAUCUUGGGGACAAUUGGGUAAGACUCCACUAACGGGCACAGGUAGUUAGAAGUUUGCCUAAAGGAAUGCAGAACGCUCAAGGAAUGCGGACUUCCUUGAAGGUCUGCCCGUCUAGACCGGCUAACGGCAUCAAGGUGGACUCAUCCCAACUUCGACCAGUUACCCCCUUAUCCUUGAAACCUCUCCAGCUUGUUUCGCACACACAUGCCCUUAGCAUCUGCUACGGUAAGAGUCAAGGCCAAGAAAAUAUUUGGUGGCACUGCAGAAUGCGCUGGGACUGCGGUACUGAGGAAGGUAGGCAUGGGCCCUGGACAGCUCGAACGUGGUGAGCAAACUGAGAACACUGCCCAGACUGCUCUCUGGGGCCUCAGUUUCCUCAACUGCAGAUGCAAGAGCUGAGCUAGACUGGAUCAGUAGCUGCAGUGCCCUGUGCUUCUUAGGGGGGUGUGCCCCUCACGCACACUGCCCCAGACCGGACGGGAUUCCGUCCCAGGCAGCGACCCCUAUGCAGGCAGAGUGCAGGGCAGGCGGCAGUGGGAGCCACUCGGGCACAGGGGGCCCCACCUGCUGCAUCUCGGGAAGCUGCUCACACUGUCACCAGCAGACCCACUGUGCCAUCGUGACCUGGGUAGUGUGCCAGCUUCCGUGCGGCUUUGUAAUGAACACAGCAGCUCCGUGCCCCACUCCGUCAAAGGUAUGUGUGCCACUUACCUUAUUUAAACCCACCGCCUACAGCCCAGACCUCCUUAGCUAUGUGUCACAGAUGAGAAAACAGGCUUGGAGGAGCCAGCCCACUUGCCCAAGGCCCCAUGGUUGGGUUGAGCUCAGGACUGUGACUCCACAGCCUGUGUCCCCUAGUGGGAUGUCCAGAGUUGAGCUGAGUAGCUGGGGCCGUAAGAGGGAGCGCCACCCAGGAGCAGGCUCUCAAAUACUGCCCGUGGUGAGGAGGCCCCAUGCCGAGUCCCACUGGGCAGUGUGCCCAGGUGGUCCCAGCCGGGCUGGAGUACCUGCGCACCUGCGCAGGGGGACAGCAGUGGAGCAGCCGGAGGCCUGGCCUUCAGCUCCAGUUGCUUUGCCUGGGUUAGGGUUAGGGCCCAGGAAACCUGUUCUGUCCUUUCUUUCAGUCCUUGGGGGAACCGCCCUAGCAUCCUGGGCCUACAGUCCUCCCAGAAGGUAUUUCAGAGCAAUGGAAUUCUUGCUUUGCCCUUUUUAGUUGACCAGGGAGGAGUCUCGGUGCUGCUUAAGGUGAAACAGGAAAGUUUUAACAUUCCAGAGGCGUGCUGAGUGGACCACGCCUGGCUGAGUCCUGCAGCGUUGUUGCCUCUUUGAGGAAGGGCAUAUCGGAGUAGGCAGGGGGCAAGGAGAGGAUGGUCCCAAGCAGGGCUACUGCCCCACCAAGGGUGCUCAGCGCAGGGCACCGGGUGCUCAAGCUAAGCCUGUACCCUGGUGUGAGGCUGCGUCCUCCUGGAGUUCGGGGGUCCUUUCUGUCCUUCUCACAAAGGUGCCUCAUGGAAGCAGCAGCCCCAGCCCUACAGAGCUCAGAGGUCGGGGACACAAAUGGUAUCGCUGAGUAGACAGAGGCUGAGGGCAGUGACCCUUCCCUGCCUGACCUGAGGCUCACACCCUUGUAUCUGGCUUCCCAGGCAGGCUCCAGUUCUGAGAAGAGCUGGUCCCCGGCCACCCCUCGGGGCUCUCAGGAUUCUGACAGUGGCAAGAGGCCCAGACCCAGGCACCUACCCCCCUCCCCCACCUCUGAGCUUUAGCUGUUUGUGAACUGGCUACAACCCCCUGGCUGAGCCCCUCCAGGGACUAAUGGUUUCACCGCUGUCGCAGAGGUAGGGGCAAAGGAGGCAGCAAGAGCCUGCCUUGCGUGGGGAGGACCGGGCCAGUGGCUGCACCAGGCUGCCUUCUCCCCCUCAGUCACAGCAGGCCCAGAGCUUGGAGGCCUUGCUUCAACUUACGGCCUAAGAGUUGGUGCCCAGCGAGCUGGCCCUCUGUGAAGAUCUGCUUGGGAUGACUCUGGCCUGGGAGGUGUCCUGAGAGCUCUCAGUCAUCUAGCAGCUAGGGAGGCAGCUCUGUAGGACGCCAGCAUUGGAAUGGAUUGUCCUCAGCUUGCCUCGUCUGCCCUCCGUGUUUCCCGUUACCUCACGAGGCCUUUGGGCCAGUCCCGGGAGUGCAGGGCAGGCCGUCUCCGCUGGGACGGCACAGAAGUGGGGGCUCUUGUACUGGUUUAAGGGGAGUAAUGGGAGAGGAACUGGGAAGAGGCAAGAUGCCCCGUUUUCUCUCUCCUCCAACAACAGAAAGAUAAUGCAGGAGUCAGUCUCCCUGAUGUGUGCACAGCUCUAUGCAGGAGCUGAGGUGGGCGCCUCAGGAAGGAACUGGUAGGGAAGGGGAAGUAAGAAGCUACGAAAGCCCGAAGGGACUUGGUCCUGGCAGUGGGGUGCGGGGUCUGGAGUAGGGUGGGGACAAGACUUGCCAGCCUUGAGGAGGUCUUGGCCCCAGCAGCCUCAAGCUUUUCUCAGCGUCAAGGGCUGAGAAGCCCUGGCCUAGAACUAGGACCAGGGCCACGUGGAGUUGUGACGUGACCUCUGGAAGAAUGGCCUUUUAAACCCAGCCUCUGGCUUUUCAGAGACUUGAUGCCGAGGUGGCUGAGGUGGCCUGUCGCUUCCUUCCAGCUCACUAGGGGGGUGGGGAGGCACAGCGGACACCAACAGGACACUGUGGGUAAGAAAGGGGACGCACUACCUUCUCAGCUCCCCCCGCCUUAUGUUGUAGUCCCAUUUGAUGUGUCCACUCCAGGCCAGGCUGUUAAAUUCUCACGUACUGGAACAAAAGGGCUGCAGUGGAGAGACUCAGCUCUCUGCAUUUUAUAAACCGAACAGCACAAUUCACAUCUUCUGCUUUCAUUCCUCUAAUCAAAAUAAGAAUCAAAGAGCGUAUUUAUCUUAAGAGCUUUCAUUGUCAAGGACUGAAAUAACCAGAUCAAAGCCUUACGUCUAGGACGUCUCCUCCACCAUGGAAAAGCUUUUUUCAGCUCAGUGGUGGUCACUGCGAUGGGAUCAAGUGUCCAGUGCACCUCUGUCCCCAGGUAACCACUAUUCUGAUUUUUGUAGCAAUCUGAUUUCCUUGCUUUUUAGUUUUACCAUUUGUAGAUGAUUUCCUUAGAAGUUUGCCCUUUUUUGGUACCAGUGAAGAUCAGUGAAGUCCUAUGACAUUUAUUUGUGACCAGCUUUUUGUUCAGCAUCAUAUUUGAGACAGUCCCAUACUACUGUGCUGAACCUGUACCUUUUUUUACUGCAGAGAGGCUGCUCUCUCAUGAGUAAAGCAGUGAUUGGACAUGUGGACUUCUGAGGUGGAUUUGUGAUAUUCUGUUGUCAUGGAUUUUUUUCCCCUGCAUUAUUUUAAAUUUUAUCUAAAUGGCUAACUGUUGCACACUUUCACUAGAAAGUCCCUCUUUCACACUGACCUCCAGUGCCACCUCUGAAGUGAUUACUGUCUUCAUCUUACUCAGUAACCUUAGUCCUUGUGCCCGCACGUGUCAGUGAGUGUUAACUAGCUCAAGCUUUACAGCUGCGCUUGGAGGGCUGGUCGAAUGAGUCUUCCUGUAUGACUCUGCUCAAGUGUCUUGGCUAUUCUUGGGCUUCGUCCUCCUAAGCACAUGGCAGAACUACCUUGCUGAAUUAACCUUCAUAUUAAGUUUUUAAAUGGAAUUUCAAAAUUAUGAUUUUAGACAAGCUCUGAAAAUGUUUUCUGGUUUUAAAAGUGCUUUAAAUACGACACCCUGCUGUGGUUAUGUUAAAAGCUGAACUCACUAGAGAUCUUCUCUCUGCUAACCUACUAACAGCUCUGGUUCUGUCUGGCAGGCGGUGGAAGCAGAAUUCCCCUUACCAGCCACACAACCGUCUCCUCUCCAAGCCCAGUUACAUUUUAGACACGAGGAAGAACUUACGAAGUUUUCACAAAAGGUCCUCAUCCAACAAAAAGGAACUGCAUGUAUGUUUAGACACACACUUCUUCAGCUAAAUAACCACCCAGGGCCAGGCCACCCACGAGGCUACACAAAGCCUGCUUCCACCAAAGGCAGACCAGCCAGUUCUCGUCCUGGACGUCUGGCUUCUACCAGGCAGAGACACGGGUUCCUGAGGAGCAGCAGCCGCAGUCUACUGUGUGAAAGCGUGGCUGAGUCGUGGCAGGAAAAGGCGGUAACAAGGAGGUCGAGCAAAUGUAAUGUUUGUUGAGAAGUCCAGGUGAUACCCACAAAAGCACUGAGAAAAUGUACCAGUUUCCAAUGAAACCUUUUUAUGUUUUAUCUUAAGGGCUGGCAUUUAUGUACCUGUCAAGGUAAGAAGCUUCUGACCUUCAGUAGUUUGGUUUAAGUUGAAUAGUUACAUUAGUAGUCGUGUACCCCUAAUAUGCUCCAUCUCCAUUACCCAGAUUCAAAGUAGCUUUUCAGAAUACUACGUAAAUACCCACAUUUCAGAUCUGCGCCUAGUGACAGAAGUUCCCCAUGCUCCCACUUUCCGGGUGGGUUUUAGACACAGGUAUUAUGGGUUCUCUGACCAAGAAAAGUGAAUAAAAAGCCAGGUGACUGGUUACCAUCCUGCACUGCAGAGGCCUGGCAGUAGUGACUUGUAGUUGCUGGUGUGAUCCUGUUGCUCACUCAGUGUGGCUCAGAAUUCCCUGUGCUCCACUAACCACACUGUUGCUUACUCUACAAUUUCAGAACUGCCUUUAACUGCUGCCACUACUUUCCUGCCAACACUGGUUUCCCAGAGGAGCAAACCAGCUCUUCUGAUAAAGCUUUGGACCUUUACCUUGAUCGGGAGUUAAUCAGGAAAUAGGAGACACAUACCAUCCUGGCGAUAUCCAAGGGGUUCUCCCUGGGCACCAAUAUCAAGUCCAAGAUCAGCAGUCUAGAUAAACAGGUACAAGGCAAGGAGGUGAAAUGAACAUUCUCAACUUAAAGUGACCUCUCUAGCAUUUUGAAAAAAAAAGUUUUCGAUUACAAAAGUACCGUACGAAGGAA